CAUCUGGCCACAUCCCCAGAAUCACUCAACAGCUCCGCCUCCUCACCAGUGAUUGGCCGCCGGAACUGUAGCUCAGGAGAGGCACACAGGCUGCCAAUCACCGGCGAGGAGGAGGAGCCGAGCAGCAGUGGAGCUGCCGGAGAAAGAAGACAGCUGACAGGUAAGUGUCUGUAGCGUGCAGAAGGCAGAAGGUGCUGCUGCAACUAGGUAUGCUGGCUGUAGAUGGGGGAGGGAGGGAGCAAGCCCAGGCUGGAGCAGGAGUCAGCAACGGUAAGUAUCAUUGGUGUCAGUAGGAGGAAUAGUGCCCCAUCAUUGGUGUCACUAAUACCAAUAAUGGGGCACUAUUCCUCCCACUGACACCAAUGAUGGGGCACUAUUUCCUCCCCCCCCACUGACACCAAUGAUGGGGAACUAUUCCUCC